GUCGCCAUUUUGGAUCUUAGCAUGAAAACAUCCUUGCAUUUUGGUCGAAUUGCUUAAAGAUGUGAACUUAAUCGUUCACAUUACUUUCAAAUUUGGCACAAAAUGGGCCAGGGAAGCUCUAAGGAAAGUUACAAAAAUGCUGUGAAGAAACUAAGCAGCAUAGAACUAGCAAACAUCGAGGCGGUGUUUAACGAGAUUUCGACGAAGAGAGAGGAUGGAACGCGACAUGUAGAACUGUCUCUGAUCAAUCGGCAAGAUUUUGCUGAACGCUUCCGGCUGCCUGGCUUUAUUGCUGAACGCCUAUUUCACGCUUUUGAUCGAAAUGAGAGUGGUACUAUAGAUUUAGAAGAGUUUAUUGGAGGAAUUGCCCUUUGCUUGCAUGGGAAAGUGAAGGAUAAGUGCAGAUUACUAUUCCACAUCUUCAAUCUGUCUGAUGAUGAUGGUGUUAGCAGAGAUGAAUUGACUGCCGUUCUCUUAAGUUCUCUUGAGUCAGCGCAUGUGAUAUUGGACAAUGUGGAAGAAACAGAGCAGCCUACAGAGGGGAACAAUACAGACAAACUGAUUGAAACUGUUUCAAGGAUUGUCAGUGAUGCAUUUGAUACCUGUAAUGUGUCCAAAACAGGAAAGCUUUCGGCUAAGGAGUUUGAACAUUGGCUUUAUCGAAACCCAAAGAUAAUGGACAAUGUGUUUGGCUGGCAAUGCCCAAGUCCAGAGGAGGGUCAGUGGAUGAAUGAAAGCUCACCAGAAGCAAGUCCUACUAAAACAAAGUUUACUAGCAUAUUGUCUGAUGAAUCUGUUCAGAGUGUGGAAAUUCAGGGUGUACCAUCUGAGCAGAGUGACAACCGUACCCUAAGUGACUUAUUUUCUUCAAACACCAGCACUAGUGGUGAUGCAGAAGGACACAGCUUCUUUGAUUCUCUUGUUGCCCCAGCUGCUUCUGACCCAUUUUCACAAAUAGGGGGACAAACUUUUCCACCAUCAGUUGUAUUCUCAGAGCCAAUUCAUCAACCUUCUGAAAAACAAUCAGCACCUGAACCAGCUCAAGGGGAUUUGGGUUUUAAGGUGGUGAACAAUCAGGACACAAUACAACAAGACUCAGAACAGUGGCCUCCGUUCCAAGGGGCUGAAACGCCCAUGCCACCUGUUGCCCCAAUUCUCAGUCAAACUUCAGUGGCCCAUGAUGAUCCUCUAAAUGCCAUGCAAAACCAGGAAUCAUCCAAUCUCAAACUUGAAAUUACUAAGGAACAAAAGCUUCCUUCAGCACCACCUACCCCUGAAGGAGAGUGGGUGAGAAGCAAACAAACUGAAGCUGAGAGAAGAUCCUCAGCAUGGAUAGCAACACCCCAGACUAAUCAGUUUCUGGUCACCAUUGGAUCAGGUAUGCUGAACCCUGCAGAUGUGGAUCAACAGUUCUUAACAUCUCCUGGAUUGGUUAUUGAAGGUCCACAGGUGGACCCUGUGAAGGAGCUGAUGUCAAAGUUUAUGGGUGAACAGGAUGCAGAAAAUAGAAAGACAUUGAGUGUUGACAGUGUUCCAUUGGAUGAGUCUGGGCUCAGAGAAUUACUGAGACAACAGUGCUGGCGAGCAGCUCUUGAAUUUACCACCAGGUUCUUGACAGCACAUGGCCAGGGUGUGGGACAGAAGGGUCAGAGAGCUUUACACACUCACAAGACCUUACAGGUUUGGUUUUGUAGAAUAGCUCUUAUGUUCAAGCUACAGAUGUUUAGUACUGCUGAGGUUGAAUUAGAAGCCUUUGGGAGUUUUAACCAGCCUGACCUGUUUUAUGAGUUUUACCCUGAUACAUAUCCUGGAAGAAAAGGGUCUAUGGUACCAUUUUCCUUGAGGGUUUUGCAUGCAGAACUACCUCAGUAUAUGGGCCGACCAAAGGAUGCCCUAGACAACCUGUAUGAGCUGCAAAGGAAAUGUAGUAGGAUUCAGAAAAACUUGCAGGACAAUCUGACCGAGGAUGGUGGCCAGGGAGAGAUGACACCCGAGAACAGAUUGGCUGCUAUUGAAUUGUGGAUCACCAGAGAGGUGCGCGUUCUUUAUUCGAUAGGAAACUGUUUUCUUGGCAUGAAGGAUUACAGUUUAGCUGUGACAGUGUUCAAGUCUAUUAUGGAUAAAGAUCCUUCAUGUGAAUUCAACUUGUUAUCUGGGAUAGGAAGAAUCUACUUACAGCUUGGAGACUUGGAAACGGCACAGAGUUAUUUCAAGCAGGUGGAAUCAAAAGCAACUGGUGACCCAAACUCACUUAGCAGUGUAGUCAUGAAUAAAGGCUUGCUUGCGUUAUCUGCAGGAUCAUACGAUGAAGCUCACAGACAUUUUGUAGCUGCUACUAAACUAGAUCCAUAUAGUUCUGUGGCUAUCAACAAUGUAGCUGUUUGUUUGCUAUUUCUUGGCAAACUUAAAGAGGCGCUUUCUUUACUGGAGAGGAUCAUCUGGAAAGACCCUGAAACAAAUCUUCAGGAAGGGCUACUCUUUAACCUCUGUGCCAUUUACGAACUUGAAUCAUCCCACAGCAUGCAGAAGAAGCAAAAACUUCUAGAACUGGUUGCCAAACAUCGAGGAGAUGGGUUUAAUACCUCCUUCCUGAAGAUAGCUUGACACUUGCACUACUCUUAACUCCGAAACACCUUCGUUGCCCUUUCGGAACACAUCGGGAUCAGAUCGGCGAGAAACUACAAACAUUCUCGAAACUGUUGUUGCACUUGAAAUUAUGUUUAGUUACUCAACAAUGGGAAUGAAUAAGCUAAGAAAGUAUUACGGACCCUGAACGCCGACUACGAUUAAACCUCUCUCACUCAUUUCAGUGGUGCUCUCAACUGCUAUUUCGUUUUUCUUUCGAUAUUAACUUGAGGCAGGCCUGCGGUCAGCGGAGACGAGCGAAAAAGCGAGCGCACGCACCCGUUUCCCACACAACUUUACGACUAACCGCUGUUAGUCUAUCGCCCACCCCAUCAGUGCAAGAGCGACUACCUCUCCCUCCAUUGACUAAGGGCAUGGAACAAGCUACUCUGAUAUCAAAGAUGGGUUUUUUUGUCGCCGUCCGUUAAUUUUUUAUUCGCCAGUUUGUUCUAAAUCGGAAGCGAAUGAUAGUCUUGUAAAACAGUUACGGAUCUUAAAAAAGCCGCUUUAUGUUAACAAGAGUUAAUCACCCAAUCCAAUUAAUCUUCUUUUAGCACAUGGUAUUUUACCACGGACAUUUUCAGAAUAUCGCGUUAAUCAAAGUGGAAUCGGUGGACAAAACUUGUAUUUUGAGAGAGUUAAUUGAUAAGUAACAUAGUAUUAAAAUUUAAAAUUCCACUCUAA